AUGCUCUGGAUCCACUACUGGGCCUUCCUCCUGCCCGUCAUCACGACGGCCGUAUGGCUCGUAGACAUCAUCGGCCUCCUCGUCCUCUGGUCUCGCGAUGGAUUCCCACAGUACGUCGAAAGCGAUGCUUCCUUCGUCUUCAUCUCCGACGUCGGCGCCGUCCACAACACGUGGUUCAUCAUCUUCUCCGUCCUCACGGGGGUUUUCUUCAUCGCCACGAUGGCGACCGAAAGAUACCUCCGGUCAACGAGGAGGAUCCCAGGGUCAAUCAAGAAGCGACAGACCAUCUACGAUAUCUUCUGCGUCUUCUUUGCCGUGCUCGGAGCUCUCUUCCUCGGCCUUCUCUCGGGAUUCAACGACCAGGACUACCCUCAGAUACAUUGGAGCUGCGCCCUGCUAUUCAUUGUCUGCACCGGCCUCGCUGUUCUCUUCCAGAUCCUGGAACUCUUCUCCCUUGCGCACCACCAGCCGAACAGUAUCAGGCACCUCAAGUGGGCCGCAGUCUUCAAGGCCACUCUCCUAAUUGCUGCCUUCGUCGUCCUGGUCGUUUUUGUCGGCCUCUACGCGGAGUGCCGUGGCGACGCCCCUACAUUCGCCACGAACACCCAUUGCGACCACGUUGUCAGCGGGGCUGCGGCGUGCGAGUGGAUCUGUGGCUUCUUGCUUACGUUCUUCUGGGCCAGCAUGACGGUCGAUCUCUGGCCC